AUGAAAAGGAGUCUAGCCAACAUUUCUACUCGCAGCACAGCAGGUUGUCUGCCUGUACCUCUGUUCAAUCAGAAAAAAAGAAAUAGACAGCCCCUCACUUCAAAUCCACUUAAAAAUGAGCCAGAUACCAGUUCUGGGACUCGUACUUAUGACUUUUCUCCCACAUCAUUCGGCUGGGGAACUGCAAACCCAGAAGUGGCUGAACUACAGAAAGCAGCAAACAACGGCCGAACAGAACAUCACAUGGCUCCUUCCCUUAUGAAACCACUAAAUGCAUCAAAGUCUAAUUUUCCAAAUGCUGGAAAAAACUUGUACGUCUGCAGGUUGGCUCCCGCCACGAAAGUUUGGAACAGAAAUGAGUAUACUCCUUUAAGUAACACAGCAGAUUCAAGAUCUGGCAGUGGAAUUAUUCGAAAGUUUGAGAGCCUUCCAAGUAGUUUGCAAACUGUUCAGCAGCAAAAAAACCCUGAUAACCAUAAUUUGUCUCAGUAUAUCAAACCAACAGAAGCCAGCCAAACAUACACAUCUAGAGGACAAUGGCCAGCGAAACCUAAGGCAGUUUCCAGAAGUCUCCAGGAUCACAGUCUGGCAUAUAAGUUCAACUACAAUACUCAGCAAAAUAAAAUGAAAGAAAAAAAUGUUGAUUGUGUUCCAGAAAGCAAAAGUCAGGAAGUUUCAUCAUCUCAAUUAAAAAUUAAAGAAAAAAAGAAUUCUUUGCGAAUCAUAUCUGCAGUCAUUGAAAGUAUGCGGCACUGGAGUCAAUAUGCUUAUAAAACUGCACUAUUAUUUGAAGUUCUAGGCACACUUGAUUCUGCAGUCACACCUGGAGCAUAUGGGGCAAAGAAUUUUCUUUUGAGAGAUGGAAAGGAGAGUCUGCCUUGUGUAUUUUACGAAAUUGACCGGGAGCUUCCAAGACUAAUUAGAGGUCGAGUGCACAGGUGCAUGGGAAACUAUGAUGCAAAAAGGAACAUUUUCAAGUGCGUCUCUGUAAGACCAGCAACUAUUCAAGAACAAAAUACUUUCCAAGAAUUUGUUAAAAUUGCAGAUGUUGAGAUGACAGCAUAUGUAAAAACAAUGAAUGAAAUUUAA